GGGAUUAGAGAUGUUUAACACCAAGCGCUUCUCCCUUGAACGUCACUCUAACAUCUAAGGUUAAAGUAAAUUCAUACUCCAUCCAACGGCAAAUAUCUAUGUAACGACGUUAACACAGACACGCUAAGUUAGAAAACAGAUCCACGUCGCGCUGCGCUGGUUCAACAUUUCCUUUGUUGCUCAUACAAGUGAUACUUUACUCCACCAUAAAGUUCGAGAUACGAUGUUCGCUCACAUUUCAUUUCAAGCUGCAAAUAUUGUAACAAACGCAAACUUUGAGUGCAUCCUGUUUUUCCUUUUCACGUAAACUCUUCGACUGACCAGCUGAGCUCGAUCGGGGUAGUUAAGCGGCCAGCUGGGUUUGCUACCAGCAGUACCCAUCCGUAUCGCGAUAAGUGCGCAAGGUUUUUCUUUUCCGCACGUCAUUCCGCGUGCUAAUCAUGAUUAUGGUGGUGUUUGCUGACAUUGAAACGAAGAUCGUGCCGUGCCUCCGAACGGCGCACGACUACUGCUGCUGUCGUUUUGUAUAGAAUAAUGAUCUGUUGAUUAUGAUUUAAUCUGUAGCGCGUCUGUUUUGAGUUGCGAUAACGCCGCCGUGUUUGUAUACAAAUGCGUGAGAAUUUUGCUUCCGAUAUCGAUAAUGUGGCUAGUAGUGGCGACAAUCUUGCGUGAAAGUACGAUUAGCCUCUAACGCCGCCAGUUGAAGCGUAAGCUUAUUACUGAAUGGUAGCGUUCGCGAAGUCUUUGUCUUAGUCGACGAAUUGGACCAUCUUAGUUUUUCUCUCUCUCUAUUCUAUUAAGACGGUGAUUUACCAAGUGAUUCAGUCAAAAUGUCCCAAAAAAGGCGAGUGAUUCACGAUUAGAUUUCGAAUUUGUUAUCAUCGAUACGGUUCGAGUGGGACCAGCAACAAUGCACAGAGAACACUCUCAGAUAACCCAGUCCUUUAUCCGAGCAAUUAGUGCAGCGUCAGACCCGAAGUGACCAUGAACGAGAGCACAUCGAACGAAAGUAUUCGCUGUGAUGAGAACUCGCCUUUGUUGCGACAACAGAGUAGCAGCGCAGAUACUUCUACCAGUAGUGAAUCGACGGAGAUCUCGAAAAAUUCGCAAUGCCUCUCGCUGGAACUCGUUGCCGUGACGCUGUGCUUCGGUUGGGCCGUAUCAGGUAUCGUUCUGGCCAAUCAAAUCAUUUAUCAAACAUGUGUAUACUUGGGAUACGACAAGCAACAAUGCAAACUGCUGGGAACUAGUGAUGCUGUUAAUUUGACAGAUCUCGAGACGGCGGUACAGCCAACAGCGGCAGAGAUUUCGAUGGUGUCCAACAUUAUCACUUCGGUGGUUCCGGCUUUGUGCGGACUCUUCAUGGGUCCAUGGUCGGACCGAUUUGGUCGUAAGCCAGUCAUCAUGAUACCAUGCAUUGGAUACUUCAUAACGUACGUUUCGAAGGCCACCAUCUGCCACCUUUCGGACAGCGUAAAUCUAAGCCCAUGGUUGUACGUGGCAGCCUACGUUCCGGCUGCAAUCUGCGGCGGUACGACUGUAGUAUGUGCUGGCCUGUUUAGCUUUCUUACGGACAUAACGACGGAAAAAAAUCGAACCGUCCGGAUGGGAAUCCUGCAGGCAUGUACACUGGCGGGAGCAUUUCUCGGGAUGAUGUCCAGCAGUUUCAUUCUGGCUUGGGCCAACGCUACCACGGCGUUUCUCAUUUCCGCCGGGAUGAUGCUGUUUUCCGUUGGUUACGUGAAUUUUGUCAUUGUGGACAGCGUUAGUCUGCGGACAGCGGCAAGUGGCAGUUGCGCGAAGCUGCGGGAAAUAUUUCGGUUGGAUUUAUUGCGCGACAUGUUUAACACUUUCUUCAAGGCAAGGUUCGGGUAUGAUCGAGGGAUAAUUUGGCUAACUGUAGCCAUUGCAGGGUUCACAGUGCUCGGCUCACGGGGAGGUGACAUCAUGUAUCUUUACACGAGGAAAGAGUUCAACUGGACGCUGGAGGAUUACACGCUAUGGCAGUCGAUCGACUUGUUAUCGUUUAUUGUCGGUAAUUUUGUGGGUAUUAUGAUUUUGAAGAAACUUUUUAACCUGCCGGAUAUUGCGAUUGCUUUCCUAUCGGUGCUUUGUCUCAUGAGUGAUAGUUUCAUCAAGGGCAUGGCCACCCAUGGGUGGCAGUUUUACAUGGCUACCGGGAUAACACCACUGAAGGGAACCGAGGGGGCCGCAUUGAUGGCCAUAUCGUCGAGUAUUUUACCUUCGCAUGAUAUUGCGAAAAUUUACUCGAUGGCGAUGUCGCUCUCGGCCAUGGUGCCACUGGCAGGUUCUCCACUGUUCACUUACAUCUAUAGCCAAACGCUAACCACGAAGCCGGCUGUGUUUAACUUUGUCGCAUCGGCCAUUUUUUCGGUGAAUCUACUGCUGGUAGGAAUCAUACACCGUCUGCUGAAAAAACGGCAAAAACAUCGACGGUUAUCGGAUGACUCAACGCAAUCGGAAACAGCAGGUGAUUUUGCGGCUACCGACGAUGAUUACCAUGAUGAUGAUGAAGUAAUAGCUUAGAAUUGAAUGUGAUAAUAGAGUGUAGUUAUAUAAGCAGGUGCUUCACACACAUCGGAUGUGUAGUAUGUACAUUAUCGAUAAUAAAUGUCAUCAAUUG